AUAUCUCUCUCUCUUUCCGCUUUCCUUUCCUCUCAAUUUUUUUCUCUCUCUUUGCUUUGCUUUUCUUUUCUUCUCUCCCCCUCAGAAAAACACUUUCACUCUCUCUUUCUCUCCCACACAUCAACUUGUUUCUUUUCUCUCUCCCUUUUUCUUUUCCUUUCCUUUUCUUGUAAGUUGGAGUGGAAUACAAGGACCAUUUUUUGUGCAUCAUCAUUUGCCUUGUCCUUUUGGAACCAAUUCUCUAACACAAAAAAAAGAAAAAAAAAAAAAAAAGAAAAAAAAACUCAACCUUUUGCUUCCUUAUUUUUACUGAAACAAGCCCAACCCUGUUGAAGAUUUUCCUUCAAAGAUUGUUUCAGGAUUUAUUUUAUUUUAUUUUCUUUCUUUCAUUCAUCUGGGUUCUGAGAAUUUUUUGUUGGGUCGAGUUCAAUUUUCCUCCUUUAGCUUUCUUUCUUAACAAUUUUCGACCUUUUCUUAAAAUUUUCUAGGAUAAGAAAAGAAAAGAUAAAAAAAAGGGUGUUCUUAAUGAACGAGAGCAGCAAAUUAGCUCAACCCACAUGGAAUUCUUCAUGUUUUGGUAUGGAUUUCCAAAACAAUGAUAUGAAUUCCACUUCAGUGCAACUUCCCAGUUGUUUUUUCAAUCCCAAUUGGGAGAAUUCAAUGGAUCAGAGCGAUCCCUUUGAGUCUGCACUGAGCUCCAUUGUGUCUUCUCCGGCGGCGUCCAACGCAACGGCGGCGAUUUCCGGCGGAAACAACGUCGGAGGUGAUUGUGUUAUGAUUAGAGAAUUGAUUGGAAGGUUAGGAAGCAUUUGCAAUUCCGGUGAGAUUUCACCGCAGUCUUGCAUUAACAACAACAACAGUAAUAGCACUAACAAUUCAUGUUAUGGAACCCCAUUGAAUUCACCACCUAAGCUCAACCUUUCAAUGGUGGAUCCACAGAUCAGAGUAAACUUACCAAUUCCAGGAGGAACCCAUUUGCCUCCUUCUUCUUCUUCUUCUUCACAUCAUACAAGUUUAGUGGCUCCAUUUUCAGCUGACCCUGGAUUUGCAGAGAGGGCUGCAAGAUUUUCCAGUUUUGGAAGCAAGAACUUUGGUGGACUAAAUGGGCAAUUGUUGGGUUUGAAUGAAACUGAAUUGCCAUUUAGAUCAAUUCUCAGAGUUGAAUCUGGCAAGCUUUCCAGAGCUUCCAGCAGUAAUCCUCUUUCUGUUGCUGGAUCUCAAAUGGGUGUUCAGGAAAGCAACAAAAGCUCACCACUUGAAGGGAAUUCAGCUCCUGAUAAGAAAUUCAAUAGAUUGUCUAGGUCUUCAACACCUGAAAAUGCUGAGUUUGGUGAUUCUAGGGAAGGAUCUUCUGUUUCUGAGCAGAUCCCAAGUGGGGAAUUGAGUGUGAAAGGUGAAACUGAUGCAAAUACCAGGAAGAGGAAAUCCAUUCCCAGGGGAAAAACCAAAGAAACCCCUUUAUCUCCCUCUGCAAAAGGUUCAAAGGUGGCAGCAGGUAAUGAUGAAUCAAAUGCAAAAAGAAGCAAAACAGAAGAAGCUUCUGGUAAUGCCAAGGAUGCUGCAAAGACAAAAGCGGAAGCAAAUGGGGGUAGCAAAGCUGCAGGGGAUGGGAAUCAGAAGCAGACAAAAGAUAAUUCAAAGCCUCCUGAACCUCCAAAGGACUACAUCCAUGUCAGAGCCAGAAGAGGUCAAGCUACUGAUAGCCACAGUCUAGCUGAAAGGGUUAGAAGAGAGAAAAUCAGUGAAAGGAUGAAGUUCCUUCAGGAUCUUGUUCCUGGUUGCAACAAGGUAACUGGGAAAGCUGUUAUGCUUGAUGAGAUUAUAAAUUAUGUGCAAUCAUUGCAGCGCCAGGUCGAGUUUCUUUCAAUGAAGUUGGCAACUGUGAAUCCUCGUUCGGAUCUUAACAUGGAGGCUCUUCUGUCAAAGGAUAUCUUUCAAUCUCGAGGAUCUCUGUCACAAAAUCCUCUUUAUCCAUUAGAUUCAUCUGUGCCUGCAUUCCCAUAUGGCUUCAAUCCAACCCAAAUGCCCCCCUUACAUAGCAACAUGUCUAAUGGGACAGAGCCGCAGUUCCCAUUAAACAAUCUUAAUUCUGCACUACAUCGAAAUUCAAGCAUGCAAUUGCCUGCUAUAGAUGGAUUUGGUGAAGCUGCACAACAAGUUCCGACGAUCUUUGAGGAUGAUCUUCAAAGUGUGGUUCAGAUGGGUUUUGGCCAGAUUCAACAGCAGAGCUUUCACGGUAUGCAAAAUAUUCAUGAGAAAAUCCAGUACUUGAAGUCUGAGUCUGAAAAGCUCAAUGACUUCUUCAGCUCAAAUGAAAGUUGAGCUAUAAUUAUCAGUAAUUAACUACUUGGAUUUUAUUGAGGCCCUUACCGGAGAAAGACAGAGACACAGAGAGGCCCUAUGUACAUACACAAGAGCAAUUCCCAGUUUGAGAAAAAGAGAAUCAUAUCUCUUUUGAUCUUUAAUUUAUUAUUGCAAGUCAAUAUUUGGAAAUUCAUUCUUUUGAGGAUUCUUUUCAAGAAUUUCACAUAGUAAAAAUAUUAGAACUAAUUUGCAACAGCAAAGUGCAAAAAAUUUCUGUAUGACUACUUUUUAAAGAUGUAGCAAGUGUAAGGAAAAAAAAAAUGUUGGGAGGGUUUAAAGGAGAGAGGUUUUCUAUGUAAACUUUUGAUCCAACAUUGUGCAUCAUUUUUUUUUUUUUUUUCUUUUUUUGGCUAAGAACCUUGUGUAUGUAUGAUCAACUUACUAUUUGAAUACUAUUACUGAUUCAUUAAGAAUUUUUAUAAUUUA